GCAGCGCGGGAUGGAGAGCCAGGGUGAGAAGGGAGCGGCCGGCCCUUAGGGCCGCCGGCUCGCAGGGUUUGGAGGAGGCCGCCCAGCUGCGGGGCCAGUUUGGGCCGUGGCAGCAGGCCAGGGGCCCUGGGGUGAACGGUGAACCGGGUUUUAGAGGAGGGAGAGGGUAGGGUCAAGGGUGGCAGGUGGACGACCACGGGGAUGCAGCGCUGAGUGGGACGAGCAGGUGUGCGUGGGUGGCAGGUUGCAUCUGCGGGACGCCCUGGUCCAUGGGGACGGCCAAGUCAGGGGUCUGCUGGACACCCGGGUGUGGGGUAGGCACUGCGGAGUCGGGAGAGCUCAAAGCUACAGGGGCUGAAAAGAGAAGAGGUUCCCAGACGAAUAAGAGGGUCCUGAGAAGGGAGGGGACCCAGUAGUCUAGGCUGGGCAGCUCUGGAGAAACCACAGUGGUUGCCCAGGUGUGAGAGGACCUGUGUGGCCACCCAAGGUCCGGGUGAAAUCUUCCCCCAGCAGCCUAGGGUGAAGGAGUGCUCAUUGCUGCCCUCUUCUGGGGGGGAGCCAGAAAACAUGCCCAGUCGUGAGAGUGGGCUGCUCCCAAUGCAGCUGGACACCCCCAGGCAGGUUAGCCUGUGGAUAACUGAGUUCUCCAGAGGGUGGAGACCAAAUGGUUUUGCUGGCUGGGCAAACCCACGGGCUGCAGGGCCCGGGAGCCUUGUGCUUGGGCAGGAGACCAGCCCCCAGGCGCCCAGCUCCUUCCACCCAGCAGCUGCCUCCAGGGUCCCACAAGCACAUGGCAGUGGUCCCCUGCCCUGCUGCAGCUGAUGCUGCAAUUCGGCCUUUUCUGGGCAUCUUGCCCAUCGCCCCUGCCAGCCCUGUCUCCCUGACCAGACUGUGUGAAACAGAGAGUGCUGGUGGCCUGGCUCUGGAAGCCUCAAAAACAACCUGAUAGUGUCUACGUCAGUACCGUAUCCCAGGCACUGAAAGGCAAAGCCCACAGUGUGCCACCUCCUCUUGGCCUUGCGAGCCCCCGGGGCGCCAGGCCUUGCUGCUGGACACUGACCCCAGAUCCGGCCUGAGUGACUGCCGGCCUGGGCAUCCCCGCCCUGCUUCACUUCUUGGUGGGCCACGCUGGAACACUGGGUGACUUGCCGAGGUAGCCAGCAGCGUUGGGCUCCCACAGAAUUGCGUGCUCAGGCCGUGGGAGGGGCCUUUCCACCAGGGGGCCGCCACAGGCUUGCCUGGUGAGGGUUGAGGGCUGCGGGCCACAGCCUCCAUUGUUCUCUGCCUAAGCAGCCUAGUGGUCACAGACAUUCCGGCUUCCUGUCCUUCAAUAUUCUCCACUCCCUUUUUCCACUCUUUCCAGAUCCCCGUGGAGACACAUUUCAGGGACUUUUAACUGAAGGAUGUAAAACCCACUUCAUUUGAGUGAGCCCAGUGCACACAGGUCCCCAGCGUCGCCCCAGAGCAGUGGGUCAGGGCAGGGUACUCACCUGGACCCCGGGCCUGGCAAGGGUGAGGCUGGGACAGGUGCUCCUUUCUUUUCUUUUGCAGAGGAUGAAAUGGGCUGACCGUCAGAAUGCAGGGGGUUGGGGGAUUUCUUCAAAUGCAUGUGUGUGUGUGGGCAUUGAGUCCAAGGUUUCUGAGUUAAUUGGCCUGCAGAAGGUUUGCCCUAGAUUUAUCAGCGGUGUUCCUGGUACAGUGAAGUCUCUCCAACCUCUGGGCCGAUGGUGAACCCCAGUCACAGAAGGGACCGCACACCCAGGCCACGGACACUCCUUUGCACUCGGCUCCUGGGCGGCUCGGAGUGACAGCAAGUGUGUUGGAAUCACUGUCCCUGGGAGGUGAUAUCUGUCUUUCUGGUCACCCUGCUGAAGAUAAUGGAUUUAGAUCAAUUGGACCUGAAUCCCAGAAUUAUUGCUGCAGUGAAGAAAGCCAAACUGAAAUCAGUAAAGGAGGUUCUGCGUUUUUCUGGGCCAGACCUGCAGAGAGUGACCAGCCUCUCGGGCCCUGAUGUGCAGUACUUGCUGAGAACAGCCUCCUCACACCUACGGGGGAGCAGCGUGUCCACAGCGCUCCACCUUUACCAGCAGAAGGAGCGGUUCCCCGAGCAGCACCAGCGCCUGAGCCUGGGCUGCCCCGUGCUGGACGGGCUCCUCCGCGGCGGGCUGCCCCUGGACGGCAUCACCGAGCUGGCCGGCUGCAGCUCUGCCGGGAAGACCCAGCUGGCGCUGCAGCUCUGCCUGGCCGUGCAGUUCCCGCAGCGCCACGGAGGCCUGGAGGCCGGGGCCGUGUACGUCUGCACGGAGGACGCCUUCCCCAGCCGGCGUCUUCAGCAGCUCAUCGCUCAGCAGCAGCGCCUGCGGGCAGAUGUCCCCGGGAACGUGGUCGAGAAGAUCAAGUUUGGCAACCAGAUCUUCAUUGAGCACGCAGCCGACGUGGACACCCUGCUGGGCUGCAUGAGGAAGAGGGUGCCGGUGCUGCUGUCGCGGGGCAUGGCCCGCCUGGUGGUCGUCGACUCUGUGGCAGCCCCGUUUCGCUGUGAGUUUGACGGUGCGGCUUCGGCCCACAGGGCCCAGUGUCUGCAGGUGCUGGGGGCAGAGCUGCGCCGGCUGAGCUGCGCCUUCCGGAGCCCCGUGCUGUGCAUUAACCAGGUGGGCCGGCCAACACCCCCUCCACCCCGCCCCGUGCUCAGGAUGGGGGUUUGGGGCAGAGCCAGCAGAGCUGACCCUGAUCCGGCCCUUCCAGGUGACGGAGGCCACAGAGGAGCAGGGAGCGGCAGCCGGGCUGCCUGGGUGAGUGGGGCUGCCCACGGGCAGGAAGGAGGGCAGCAUCGGGGCCUCCGUGGUCUCGAAGGUAACAGUGGGGCCUGUUUUCUGUCUCAGUGCCAGGGGAGAGCGGGUGUGUCCAGCCCUUGGGAUAACCUGGUCCAACCAGCUCCUGAUGCGGCUGAUGGUCGACCGUCAGCGCCCCGAAGAGGCUGUCCUGGCCCCACCCAGCCGCACCUUGAGGGUGGUCUUCGCCCCCCACCUGCCGCCCUCGUCCUGUUCCUACACAGUCACCUCCGUGGGUGUGCAAGGGACACCUGGGACCAAGUCCUGCUGACGUGGGGACUACAGAUGACCAGCCACAUCCCAAGAAAACCUUCCAGCCCCGUAGUGCAGGGGACCAGCCCGCUCAGCAUGCCCAUCACCGCGUUAGGGUCUCCUCGUCCCAUGCCACCCCACCUGGGGGCUGCUCCUCCCUCUGGUUUCGAGAUGUGCCUGGCUCUUAGGCCACGAACCCAUGCCCCCCACUGCUGCGCUGGCUGCUCUGGUGUCUCCACAAUGAGUUCCUGGAACACCAGCCUCUCAAUGAGCAGUUUUCUCCAUCCUGUGCCUGGGAUCGGGGCCCACAGCCUUCUCGGGCCCACAUCCCUGCCCAACAAGCUCUCCACCUCGCCCCCACAGGCUCCUCCCUUCUUCCCGGCUGGUGCCUCUGUCCGAAAGCUCCCAACACCCACACCUUGGGCCACAGUGGGCCAAGGUCAGAUGAGCCCCUACUGACAUCCUCACCCCCUUGACGGGGUAUAACUCCUGGCCCCCAGCACACAUCCCAUGGCCAAACCUUUGGUUUGGCACAGGGUGGAGAGAACACACCUGCAGGCUGCAGGGUCCAGGGGAGGAGAUGGGGAUGGGGUAAAGCUGUUACUUCUGCGUUGCCUCUGCCACCAGCCACAGCUGGAGGAAGGAGGAAGGUGGCUUGGCCCACCUGCUAGGAAACCCGUUCUGGGCGAACGAGAACUUUAUUCUAAAAAGAGAGCACAUCCCGGUGUCUCCUCAGUGCCUCCUCCAAGCCUGGCCUUAGUGGCUAAGAUAGCCAUCAGCCCUGGCCUGGGGGGGCGUCCACGCCAACAAGGCCACCUGCAGAGACCAGCACCCCUACCUGGCCAGGGGCUUACUGCAUAGGAAGCCGGAUCUCCUGUCGGCACAGGGUCCAGCCACAUCUGGCUACAAACUCCAGAAUCUGAAAUGCUCUUGGAAACGUGAGGCUUAGAGAUCACAGAGGGACAUGACUGCCCAGGGCAGGCAGGGCUGCGUCCAUUUUCACCCCGACCAUCGCCACGUCUGCGCAUCUCCACCUGUCGCCCGGCCCAGAGCAGGCCCUGGACAGACAAACAUGUGAAGUGAAGGUGCUUGCUCUCUGCAGGCGCUGCCCCAAAUACAUCAUCCAGGUGGACACCUGUCCUCGUCAACAGCCCUUGGAGACGGCACUGUUACUACAGCUCUCAGCAGUGACCUGGCCGUCCUCCCGCAGCCCAUGAGCCGGUGAUGACCCCAGAUCACCCGAGGCCAGCGCUGGAGGUGGGGCUGUAAAUCCCUGUCACCGGGCAGACUCUGCACAUUUUUCUAGGGCACGAUGAUCCAUUUACAACUUCCAUCGUGUUUUCAGAGUAGUCUGUGGCCCUAAAAAAGAUUGAGUGGCUAGUUCUUAAAUAGGAAAAAGUUCUUUGAGGGUUGGAGUUUUACAAAGAGCCUUUCUGCAAAAGUACAGGGACAUUACAACAAGAAAUAAAACACUUUAUUUUUGUAAUUAAAUACAAACAGUCCCGAAUGAUUUCCUAGGCAAGUCACACCAACGAGAAGAGAAAACUAUGGCUCCCAGACAGAAGGUCCAUUCAGCGGCCGACCCGCGCCCCAGCCCAGCAGGAGCCCGCCCGCACUCAGCCCGCGUCCCGCUGCUGGCGUUCCCGGGAGCCCACCCACCACAGGCCGCGGGACCCGGGCUGUGCGGCUUUCUGUGUCUCAGGAACACCAGCAACCCCCUCCACCAGGGCACCCCGGGGACAGUCCAGUGGGCCUCACAGACCUGUGACCAGCCCCCCAACACCCCGCAGCGCUGGGGAACCAACUCAAGAUGGAGUUCGUAUCUUUAUGUAACGGCCCAGUUACACGGAGGCCACGUCCGCAGGACUACACUCACCCAGCUGGUCUGAACGUCACCUCUAUUGGCGCUAUCAAGUGUCACCUUAACAGUUUCCAGAAGCCCCAUGAGUGUGUGGUACACUGCCCAAAAAAGUGCAAAUAUAAACAGAAGUCGCCUCAUAUCUAUGUGACAUGCCUUCUCCAAGAACAUUCUAGAAAGCCGUGACAGCGAGAGGGCCAGUCCACUGCAGACCAACCCGCGCGUCCUUGGCAGCACCUGCACUUUAUAACGUGACUUCUAAUUCCAUGACAUUCUUAGCAGCAAGUAACAGUUUUUUAAGUUCCAGAAAAUAACUCUGUACCUGUCCAACGUCGUAAACACAAAGCCCGAGUGCUCUGCCCCCCCGGGCCCUCUUGCUUGCGCUCGGGAAGGCGGGGCCUGCAGCUCUCCACCUCUGUCAUCUUCCCAGGGGAGUCUGUCUAACCUGAGAGAAACAAUGCAGACUCGGGCACUGGCUCCCUCACCACGAAAGGAAAACACAGAAGGGACGGCUGGACC